UCUCCCCCAUACAAAUCAACACUACUAUUACUUUACUAGUCAAUUUCAUUUUCCCUCUAACUUCUUGACAAUUCUAAAUUGCCACAUUUGCCAACUCAUGUGGUUCAUAUUAUUUCUUUAUUUUUUUUACCCUUUAAACAAUUAUUUCCCUAUUAAUAACAAUAAUCAUGCAACACAAUAAUCCCUUUUCUUUCUUCCCACUACCAAACCCAAAAAUAUGUCAACAAAUAUUAUGAAUAAUAAUAACCCACAAAUACCAACCCAUAACAAUAGCAACAACAACAACUAUAACCACGACCAUGACCAAGACGAUGAUUUUCGAGAUAUCCAUGCUUUAAUUCCAUCACCGGCCUCUAAUCCUCCGGGCCGACAACGGGUUUUCGACGCUAGUAGUCGUCGAUCAUCGAACCUAUCGGUGGUAAGCGACGUUACAAAUUCUAGUGAAAAUUUUACUACUAUGAGUAGGGAGUUUAAUGCUCUUGUAUUAGCAGGAUCUGCAAUUAAUUAUGGGGAUUACAAUAAUAAUAAUGAUAAUAAUAAUAAUAAUAAUAAUAAUAAUCAAGUAAGUGGGAAUAUUAAUAAUAAUCUUAAUAAUGAUAAUAAUAAUAUUAAUAAUAAUAAUAAUCAUAAUAAUAAUAAUUUAGAUAGGAUUGGAGAAGAAGGGGAGCUAGAGGAGACUAAUCCUUUAGCUAUAGUGCCUGAUAUUAAUCCUUUACCUUCCCCUCCUGAUCACGGGAGUAAUAGAAAUGGUUCAUUGAGUUAUUUGAUGGGAUCAAAUAAUAAUAAUAAUAAUAAUAAUAAUAAUAAUAAUAAUAAUAGUAGUAGAAGUAAUAGUAGUAGUAAUAAUAAUAAUAAUUGUGGCGAGAUAGCCAUACAUAGAGUGAUGAAGGAAGAGGUAGAAACAAAGAUCAUGGCAUGGCAAACGGCUAAGGUUGCUAAGAUUAAUAAUCGGUUUAAGAGGGAGGAUGCGAUUAUUAGCGGUUGGGAGAAUGAACAAGUUCAAAAGGCUACUUCUUGGAUGAAGAAAGUUGAGAGAAAAUUGGAAGAAAAAAGAGCAAAAGCAAUGGAAAAGAUGCAAAAUGACAUAGCAAAAGCACAUAGAAAAGCAGAAGAAAGAAGAGCUUCAGCAGAAGGCAAAAGAGGAAUAAAGGUUGCCAAAGUCCUUGAAGUUGCCAACUUGAUGAGAGCUGUUGGAAGACCACCUGCUAAACGCUCCUUAUUUUGAGUCUUACAAAUAUCAAAUAUAUACCCACAAAUUAAAAAAACAUUUUAUUUUUCAUGCAAUAAUUUGCAAUAAUAUUAUAAUACCCAAAAAUAUAAAUUAAUUAAUGGUAUUAUAUCAAGUACUACUACAAAAUAAUGAUAUUAGUAAUAUUAGCCUUGAAAUUAUCAGGUCGACAUAAUUAAGAUUAAUAGCAAGUUUUGUCUGAGACCGUAUCAUUUGUUAUAUAUGAUGUGUUUGGUUUAGCACAAGAGAAAAGCUAAAGGCAAGAUAUGCUUUUCUGUUUGCUCAAAAUGUGUAUUUUUGGUUUGGGGGUUUCAUGGUGGUAUAUCCUUGAACCUUUAGUUUGUACAGUUUGUUAGAUUAUUGUCACUUAUCAAGAAAGUAUAUGUAAGAUAGAUGCAUAGUACUUUAUAAUAUAAUGGAGAUUUAGACAUGCAUACUUUUUUUGGUUAAUUUCCAAAUAGUUAUUAUAUUGUAUUUGUAUAUAUUGUCAAUUCGUUAAAUUGUUAUUUGUUGUGACAUGUCAAAUCUCCUGGUAUAGGAGAUGAUUUUGAUCAUCUCAUUGUCUACUUCAUGGCUUGCACGCUAAAGAAUGAUGUUGGUUGAGUAAUGGGACAUGAGGGGUUGAGGU